GGCCACAGCUUGGCGCGGGCGGUGGCGCGGGCGGUUAAGCGGCAGACACAGAAAGUAGUGCAAGGAGCAGAUGAAGAAAUUCAUCUUUUUACUUUAAUUGUAGGAAAGGAUUAUAACAAUGAUGAAGAAUGUAGAAAAAAGAUAGAAACAUACUGUAAAGGACUAAAAAAUGCAAAAUUACAACCUGAAGAGAUUCACAAAAAACUUGAAGAUAUUUGUAAAACUGGAAAAGAAAAAGAAAAAUGCAUUGAAUUGAAAACUAAGGUCUCUCAAAAAUGUACUCAUUUUGAGACAGAACUUGAAAAAUUAUUAAAAAAUCAACAAUAUGAUUGUAGUGAGGAAGAAAAGCAAUGUCUAUUUUUAGAAAGAGCAUGUCCUACCCUUAAAGAUAAAUGUAAUGAGUUGAGAAAUGAAUGUUAUCAAAUGGAACGUGAUGAUGUUGCAGAAAAAGCUCUUUUGAGAGCACUUAAUGGAAGCUUUAAAAAAAAUGGAAACUGCAAAGAGAAGCUUAAAGAAGUUUGUCUUGAAUUAAGCAAAGAAAGUGAUGAAAUAAUGAAAAUGUGUCUUAACCAGGAAAAAACAUGUCAAUCAUUAGAGAAAAUAGCAGAAAAAAGAUGUAGUUCUUUAAAAAUACCAGUAAAUACCUUACUCACAAGUACUGUUAAUGGAAUGUGUCUUUUAUUACUCAAAAAGUGCUAUUUUUAUGGGAAGAACUGUGAAGGUGCGGACAAGCCAAAAUGUAAUGAUCUUGAAAAUGAAUGUAAAAAAAAAGGUUUUAUUUAUACCAUACAGGGUUCAGAAUUUAAUCCUACAAAAUCAAAACCCACUUUGGCAGAGAAAAUAGGCCUAAAAGAACUUUAUGAAAAGGCAGCAGAACAAGGGAUUUUUAUUAGAAAGCCACCGCCAGUAGAAGCAACAGACUUAUUGGCAUUGUUAAUUUUAGAUUCAAGUCAGAAUCAGUCUAAUAAAAAUGAGAAAUGCAAAAAAAUUCUUAAAGAUAAAUGCAAAGAUCCUAAAGAAAAAGGGAUUCUAAAAGAUUUAUGCCAGGGAGAAGAACUAAGUAAAGUUGGGGAAAAGAAAUGUGAAGAAUUAGAAGAUGAUAUUAAAGAAACUUGCAAAAUCUUCAAAUCAAAAGUUCUCAAUAAUCAUCUCUACGACGUAACAAAAGGAAGUACUGGGAUUAUUAUGUGGGAAAAGUUACCGACAUUUCUUAGCAAUGAAGAUUGUGCAAAGCUAGAAUCUUAUUGCUUUUACUAUGAAAAAGCUUGUUCAGAUAUCAAAAAUAAAUGUAUGAAUAUAAGGGCAGCAUGUUAUAAAAAAGGACUUGAUGCAAUAGCAAAUGAAGUGUUGCAAGACAAAUUGAGGGGACUAUUGCAUGGUUCAAAAGAAAUAUGGCUUAAUAAAUUUCAACAAAAACUUGUAGAAGAAUGUAAGAAAUUUAAAGAAUGGACUGACGAGUUAUUUGUAUUGUGCACAAAUCCUGCAAGAGCGGCUCGAGUACUUUCAUAUGACCUUCGAAUGAAGGCAGUCUUUUUGCGAAAUGAUUUGAACAAAAGACGAGAUUUCCCAACGAAAAAGGAUUGUGAAGAGCUAGAAGAAAAAUGUAGAACAUUAGGUGAAGAUUCAAAAGAGAUUGAGUGGCCGUGUCGUACACUGAAUGAGCAUUGUGAUCGUUUAAGAAUUGCAGAACAAUUGGAAGAAAAAUUGUUGGAAGAAAAAACAAAAGGCCUGGAUGAGUUCGAUUCAUGUAUAGAAAAACUUGGCGAACAUUGUAAUAGUUGGGCCAAAAAAGGAAGAUCACAGUUUAUUCUUGCAUGUCUAUCACAGAACAUUACUUGCAAAAUUGUCACAAAAAAUGUUAUAUCUAAAUGUGCAGCAUUAGAAGAACAUAUGAAAACGGAAAAUAUUGUGAAUAAGGCAAAGAGUGAAGAUGAAAGAGAAUCAAUUUGUAGUGUUUGGGAAUCAUAUUGUGAUAAGUUCAUGUCAAGUUGCAAAAAUCUAACAAAUGCAGACGGAAAUAAUAAAAAAUGCAAAGAACUUAAAGAGAAUUGUAAACCGUAUCGUGUUCGAAAAGAUCGUGAAGAUGCAGUUAUGAUAGAAUUUAAGGGACAUCUUGACAAUAAAAACAAUUGUAUAACAACUCUUGAUCAAUAUUGUACGCAAUUAAAUAAUGCAAAUAACGGACUCGAAACUUUGUGUAUGGAUAAUACUAAGACCAAAAAAGAAAAUAAAACUGUUAGAGAAGAAUUGUGCCUGAAACUACUUGAAAGAGUACAAAAAAAAUGUCCUAAGUUGAAAAAGGAGCUUCCAAAAGUAAAAAAAGGGCUAGAAAAAAAAGUAGGAGAAUAUAAAAUCAUUAAAGAUAAUGCAGAAAAAGCAAUGAAAAAAGCAAAUCUUGUCUUAUCCAUAACAAAAGCAAUAAACGAUAAAUCAGGAAGUAAGAAUGUACCUAAUUCACUUAACAAAGUAAAAAAUCUAACACAUUUUAAACUUAUGAAAAGAGAUAUAAAAAUACAAGUGACAAAAGAAGAUCUAGAAGCAUUCGAUUUGGUAGCACAAGCGUUUAAUUUAUAUGUAGAAUUAAAGGAAAUAUGCCACCAUCUAAAAGAAGAUUGUGGAUUCAGAAAGGAGUGUAACGCCGUAGAAAUAUGUGAAAAAAUAGAUGGAAUAUGUGCUGGAUUAAAACCACUAGAAAUAAACUCGCAAGAAAUAACAGCAAAGAAUACGACUAUAACGACAACGACAAUAACAACAACGACAACAACAACCGUUACCGAUCCGAAAGCAUCUGAAUGCAAAUCCUUACAGACAACAGAUACAUGGGUUACACAGACAUCGACACACACAAGCACAUCUACCACCACAUCUACAAUCACAUCAAAAAUAACACUCACAUCAACGAGGCGAUGCAAGCCUACAAAGUGUACCACAGGGGAUGAUGUAGAGGACGUGAAACCGAGUGAAGGCUUGAGGGUGAGCGGGUGGAAUGUAAUAAAAGGGGUGAUAGUAGCAAUGGUUAUUUCGUUUAUGAUUUAG